CAGCUAGACUAAUCGGCCUCUCCGCGUGCCAACUCCGCCUUCUAAACCCCCUCUAGAACACGAUCCAGCCUCAUCACACCCUUAGUGGAUCCGAAAUCGUUACCUCCCUCGCAAGCGUACAUGCUCCGACUUCGAGACCUUUAAACCACGUGGAACUAUUUGGUCUCGACUUGCCCCUCUCCACAACUCCCCUCGACGAGUUCACGCGACUCUUGGGACAGCUACACCGACAUACUAUUAAUUCAUUGAGUCAACUCUUCAGGUUGACUUUUGGCGCCCCUUACUUACUGCUAUCUGUGUCGUCACGAUUGUGGAUGUCGCAAUAACGUAUAUUCUGUGCGACAAGUUACGACAUAUUACGAGUUAUUUGAAUCGAGCGACAACCACCUCUUCACCCACAUACUAUACUAUAAUGGCAGUCAACGAACUCCCAAAUGCUCCUGCAGAGCACCCUCAUGCAAUCGCACGAUCAGAUUCCUCCACAUCAUCGAGCCCUGAGGAGAACAACGAACCCAUUAUUCAUCAGCCCGUCCCUGUCCGACCUGGCCUACCGCAACGGAAAAGCAGCGGCCCUCUAGUUGUCCCUCGCGACAGCUCAGCAGUUGGUCCUCUCGAGCCUGACUUUGGCCCGGAUGACGUCAGGGCAAUGAGCCCCAGGAGAACGAGUGAGGACCUUGAUAGGAUUGGAAAGGCUGCGCGAGAAGAAAUGAGAAGACACGCCAAGGCAUUACAGGACUCUCUUCUAACAAUCUUUAACCGCAUUGAAGCCGUUCGCGAAGAACACGACAAGCUUGAUAACAACAACAAGUUCUUGCAAAAGUACAUUGGCGACUUGAUGAGCACUAGCAAGAUCACAGCGACGAGUAGCCAACGCAAGAAAUAAGUCUGCCUCAAGACAUCAAACACAAUGUCUUCGCUUUACAUCCACAACCACCAUACACCGAUUCGACCGGCUAGAUGAGACUACAUCUACGCCAACACUUUAGAAGAACUCGACAUUAUACUUGGGAUUCGCGACUUUUUAGGGCC